AUGAGAAUUUUGAUGGCGCUAUUUGUAUCCUCCUUACCAAGUCCAACGGUGUCUGAUGAAGACGAUGAUGAUGACGACACCACUCCCCAGAGCAGAGCUGAUGCAGACGACGACGGACGGGUGUACAAAAACCCGAGGAACUCACCGUCCGCGGAAUGCCCCAGGGACGAAGAACAGGCCACUUUGCUGAUGGUGUCUUCAGUCUCAGGUGGUGGAACAUUCAAUGGUGGCCCCGGUGCCAGGUUUCCCUCGGAGUAUUUUACUUGA